AACGAUCUGUCAUCUGUCACACAUUCAAAUCAUAACCUGCUUGUAAAUGUCAACAUUGUAAUCUUGUAGGUAUAUUACAUAUCAACAUUGAAGAAAUGGCAAAUGAUAGAGAAAUUCUUCGAGAAAUUUGGGAAGGAAAAUUGCCCGUCUGCUUCCGCUUGGACAGUGACGAAGUAGCGGACUUUAGAGAACCAGAUCUUUUUUAUUUAAUGGUACCUAGAGUCAGCUACUUUCCCCUGGUAACGGAUAAAGUGAGGAAGCAUUUUUUAAAAUACAUAGUCACAGAAAAGCAAGAGCAAGAACUGUGGCUUGAAUACAACGGACAGCCCUUAAAGUGGCAUUAUCCUAUAGGGGUUUUGUACGAUUUAUUACACGAACCCGAAGAUUUGUUACCUUGGAACUUAACAGUGCACUUUGAUAAGUUUCCAGACACGGAAAUUUAUAAAUUCAGCAAUAAGGAAACCGUGGAGUCAUAUUUCAUGUCUUGUCUGAAAGAAGCGGAUGUGCUGAAACACAGGGGACAAAUAGUGAGUAGCAUGCAAAAGAAGGACCACAAUCAGCUCUGGCUGGGUUUACAAAAUGAUAAAUUCGAUCAGUUUUGGGCCGUGAACAGGAAAUUGAUGGAAUCUUCUGCCGAUCAUGAACAAUUUAAGUACAUUCCUUUUAGAUGUUACCUAGAGGAUGGCUACAGGCAAAAAUUGGUGAAACCUUUGAACGACGAUGGUAAGAAAAAGACGCUCCAGGAUUUGCUGACCGAAAUGUUUCCCAGUAGAAGUACCGUAAAAGUAAAAACUCAUGGUCUGGUACCGCCCCUGGAGACACCCCUUCAGUGGAUGUCGGAACAUCUCAGCUACCCCGACAACUUUCUCCAUCUGUGCGUACAAUAAAAUACGAAUUGACGCUAGCUUUCCUAUAAUUAAGCCUUUCGUUUGAUCCGUGUUCGUCAAAAUGCCGUUUCAAACAGCAGAAACUCUCUACAUGACCGUGUUAUGUUAAGUUCAGUCAAAUAAGGGGAUCGAGAGAGUCAUACGUUCGAGACCCGCAAAGUAUAGGGUUGCGAGAGGCGGUGUAUUUAAUAUUAGUUAACGUGUAACCGACUGUUUGCAUUUAAGCUGUAAUAGCUCGUUUAGUAGCUGCUUUGGAGCCCUAAGUUUGUGAUUCGUUUAUAAGUAUGUAAAAGUUUUGCGAUGCCAUCUAUCAGAAUUUACCGAAACGUUGCUUUUCAUUUGUUUUAAAUGUGUUCUCUUGCCACGAUUCCAGGAUUUAAGAGGGCUCGAUAGCAAAUAGACAACC